GACCGCGAGACGAGCCGGGCUCCGGUACCGUCGCGACGCAUCGCUCGGUCUCCGGCAGUCGCCGGCACUCGCGCUCCGCCGCUGGCAGCCUGCACUCGUAUGCAGGCGCCGCCGCGACCCAUCAUGAAAUCCACUAACUUUAUAAAGUUUUUCCUUCUUCUAAUCUUAUUCACCUUCGCUCUCUCUGAUUUUAUUUGCCCUUCUAAAUGUCAGUGCAAUCGAAAUACGGUCCGAUGCCUCCAGCAGGACUUGGUCGCAAUCCCGAAAGCUCCGCCUGAAACACACACUUUAGAUUUACGCUUCAACAAGCUGUACGACAUAGCACCGGGGGUACUGAGCCGGCUGCACCGGCUGCGUUCGCUACUGCUCAACGACAAUAAGCUGAAGGAGCUGCGUUCGGGCUCGUUCCACGGGCUGGUGCGGCUCAAAUACCUCUACUUGUACCGCAACAAGAUCCGCCACCUCGACCACGAUGUCUUCCAAGGCUUGGAGCGGCUCGAACAACUGUACCUGCAUGUCAACGAGAUCCUGCAAAUCGAACCAGACACCUUCUCCAACUUGCCGCGACUCGAGAGAUUGUACUUGCACAACAAUCUCCUGAAAGGCUUGCCCCGGGGUUCGUUCCGAGGUAUGCCAAAAUUGCGCAAAUUGCGACUGGAUAGCAACGCGUUGGUAUGUGACUGUUCCAUGCUGUGGUUCAUCGAAAUGAUUUCACAUCACUCUGACAUGGAGGUGGCUGCCACUUGCUACGGACCAGCCACUGCCACCGGAAUUUCUCUUGCUUCAAUGACAGGACAUGAUAUGCAAUGUCGUCAUCCGGAGAUCGAAAAGGGGCCUGAAGACGUAAUUGUGAACUUUGGAGAAGAUGCGAUGUUCUCCUGCGUGGCUACAGGAGAACCGAAGCCGGAAAUUAUGUGGUUACGAGAUUCUGCCGCUUUGCCUCUAGAUGCCAACCGUUACGAAGUAAUGCAUAACGGAACCUUAAUGGUGCAUAGUGCAAAUAUGGAGGAUAUUGGCGACUUUGAGUGUAUGGCAAAGAACCCAGCUGGAGAGGCAAGAUCCAGACCAGCUCGCAUGAUUAUCCAUGCUAACACGCCUAUUGAUGAUAGCACUCCAGUGUUUGCUGUUCUUCCACAGAAACAAGUAGCUCGAAUUAAUGAACCAUAUAUAAUUUUUAACUGCCUAGCCAACGGUAACCCGAAGCCCCAUGUAGCCUGGUUCCUGAAUGAUGAAAGAUUACUGCUGAAUGAGCGUUAUUCCAUAAAACCAAAUGGAUCUCUUGUGAUACUAAAUGUUCAAGUCGUAGACGCUGGAUCUUACACAUGCGAAGCAGAAAAUAUAAACGGAAAAAUUGGUGCUUCGGCUGAUUUAGAAGUUAUGAGUACGCCUGCUUUCCUAACGGUACCAACAGACCAAACAGUAACAUCUGGGACCAAAGCGAUAUUUAGAUGUAGAGCAAGAGGUGUACCAAAACCCACAUUGUCCUGGUUUCUAAAUACAAUGACUUUACCUGAAAAUGGAAACUAUGUCUUAAGUAACGAGAAUCAAGUUCUCACAAUACAGGAAGCUACUACUGACGACGAGGGAAUAUACCACUGCAGAGCUGAGAAUACUGAAGGUCUUAUAGAAAUAUCUGCUAUUUUAAAAGUAAACGAUAUAGAACAGAGCGCUCCCCGUAUUGUGACCAAACCCGAAAAUACUGAUGCUUUCAAAGGUACAUCUAUACAAUUACCAUGUGAAUCAGAAGGCGAACCUCCUGCUUCUAUAGAAUGGAGAAAAGAUGGAACAAGAAUCAUACAGGAUAACAGAAUAGCUUUCAGUUUGAUUGGUAGUCUUAUCAUAAACAACGUAUCCGUCUCAGAUACCGGUCGAUACGAAUGUUCAGCAGUAAAUGACUAUGGUCGUGAUACGGCAUCAGUGUUUUUGACAAUAAAAGACCACAUUUUACCUGGCGACCAGUAUGUAAAUAUAGCUUUAAUACAAGCAACGAGGGACGUCGAUCAAGCAAUAUCAAGAAGUGUUGAACAAUUAUUCAAUAAUACUGAUGGAAAAAACAUUGAGUUACGUCAUCUAUAUGCAAUCAGUAAUUACCCCAAUUCACCAGCGAGGGAAGUCGCCAGAGCUGCUGAAAUUUAUGAACGCACCUUACACAAAGUGAAGACUUUUGUACAAGCUGGAUUAAAAGUAAGUUCGACAGAACCAUUCAGUUAUGAAUCAAUAUUGUCCAAUGAACACUUAGAGGUCAUUGCCAGGUUAUCUGGUUGUGUGGCACAUAGAGAAAUAAAAGAAUGUUCGGAUAUGUGUUUUCAUAAUAAAUAUCGUAGCUAUGAUGGAUCCUGCAAUAAUUUUGCACAUCCUAUGUGGGGAGCUUCAUUGACUGGUUUUAGGAGAAUCCUCUUUCCAAUAUACGAGAAUGGCUUCAGUCAACCAAUAGGGUGGAAUAAAGGAUUGAAAUAUAAUGGAUAUGAACUGCCUAGCGCCCGUCUAGUAUCUAUCACAAUUAUUACAACUAAAGAAAUUUCGGAAGAUCUUGAAAUUACUCAUAUGACCAUGCAAUGGGGUCAAUGGCUAGAUCAUGAUUUAGAUCAUGCUUUACCUUCCGUGAGUUCAGAGACGUGGGACGGUGUCGAUUGCAAAAAAACUUGCGAGUAUGCUGCGCCUUGUUUCCCUAUUGAUGUUCCUUCUGGUGACCCUCGUAUUAGUAACCGACGAUGUAUUGAUUUCAUUAGGACAAGUGCUGUUUGUGGAUCAGGUGUGACAUCGUCUUUAUUUGGAAGACUGCAACCAAGAGAACAAAUAAAUCAACUGACUGCUUUUAUUGACGCAUCCCAAGUAUAUGGAUUCGAAAAGACAGUAGCUGAAGACUUACGUGAUUUGACUAACGAAAAUGGGUUAUUACGAGUAGGGGCUACUUUUCCAGGGAAAAAACCACUAUUACCAACAACCGGCAUAAAUGGAAUGGAUUGCAGGCGAAAUUUGGAAGAAAGCACACGAGCUUGUUUCGUUGCUGGUGAUAUCCGCGCUAAUGAACAAAUUGGCCUAGCAGCCAUGCAUACUAUUUUUAUGAGAGAACAUAAUCGACUCGCUAGUCAACUGAAAUCUCUAAAUCCAUUCUGGGAUGGUGACAGGGUAUACCAAGAGGCCAGAAAAAUUGUUGGUGCUGAAAUUCAAUUGAUAACGUAUGAAGACUGGUUGCCCCUCGUUAUUGGCCCUGAAGGACGUAAACAAUUAGGAGAUUAUAAAGGAUAUAAUGCGAACUUAAAUCCUUCUAUUUCUAAUGUGUUUGCAACUGCUGCAUUACGGUUCGGACAUACAAUGAUCAAUCCGGUACUUCACCGUUACGACGAAAAUUUUGAAACAAUUCCACAAGGUCACUUACUUCUGCGCCACGCUUUCUUUUCGCCCUGGAGGUUGGUAGACGAAGGAGGUACUGAUCCUCUUCUUAGGGGCAUGUUUAUAACUCCAGCAAAACUGAAGACACCAACACAAAACCUUAAUUCCGAGCUAACAGAGAAACUCUUUUAUAAUGCCCACGCUGUAGCAUUGGAUUUAGCUGCAAUUAACAUUCAACGGGGACGUGAUCAUGGUAUUCCGCCUUAUACAAAAUGGAGACAAUUUUGUAAUAUGACCGAAGUUAACAGUUUUGAUGAUUUGAAAAACGAAAUAUCGGAUAAAGACGUACGGGACAAGUUGCAGAAUCUUUAUGGCACAGUUGAUAACAUUGAUGUGUGGGUCGGCGGCGUAUUAGAGGACCAAGUGGAAGGAGGGAAAGUAGGCCCAUUGUUUCGUUGCAUUUUAAUUGAGCAGUUUAGACGUUUAAGAGAUGGUGACAGAUUUUGGUACGAAAAUCCCACGAUGUUUAAACACGAGCAACUAGAGCAGAUUAAACAAACAAGCCUGGCCCGUAUUUUGUGUGACAACGGGGACAACAUUGAUACGAUUGGAGAAAAUGUUUUCAUAUUACCUGAUGCCCAGGACGGGAUGAUAUCUUGCGAUGAUUUGUCUUCAAUUGAGCUUCGGUAUUGGGUAGACUGUGAGAGUUGUGGUGAUGACAGAACUGAACCAACAGCCCGCCGUGCACGAAGAAAUGUCGCUGAUACAUUGGAAGAUAAUCGGCUUAAUCAAAUAGUAGACUCCCAGACAGACCUCAUGAAAACUGUUGAGAUGCUAAAGGAACGACUUGAGUCACUAGAGCAAACGUGUCUUGGGUAAACAAUUAGGCCGACAUAUCUGCCAAAAUAGAUAUGUUAUCUCUGUCUUACAGUACUGGAUAAAUUCUUAAAUGUUGUGAUAUGUGUUACUGUGUGUCUAUAUACUCAGUAAAGUAUACUGAUAUGACUGCCGCUAUAAUGUAAUAAUAAUAAAAAAAACUCACAAAAAAAUCAAGGUUACGUUACAAAUCGUGGUAUAUGCUUGGUUCUCAAUAUUAUUUUUAGUAAAACAUUAAUUAAAAUAUAUCUCUUAUAUUUAA